AUGGCCACCAAGUUACUCAAGCUCCUCACCGUUCUCUCUCUAUCCCUCGCCUUACUGCACUCUCAAACGUCGGUUUCUUCCUCCUCAGCCACCAUUCUGGAAGACGACGAUGAUCAGGAAGAGUACAUCCUAGACGCACCAUUUGCACACUCUCAUUUGAGAAGCCGGUUCUUGGCCAGCGUCAAGAAAGGCUCAAGUUGCAACUCUCAAAAGAAGAACAAAUGCAAUGGUGUGUGGGCAAAUGGAGGAACAAGUCUUCUCUACUGCUGCAAAAAUCAUUGCAGGAAUGUGCUCGGAGACGCAAACAACUGCGGCCGAUGUGGGAGCAAGUGCAAGUUAAACGAGAAGUGCUGUGGUGGAAGAUGCAUUAAUGUCAUGUACGACCGUUACAACUGCGGCAAGUGUGGUGGAAGGUGCAAAAAGGGCCUAAAAUGUGGCCAUGGAUACUGUGGCUACGCUUAA